AUGAGUUUGACUAAGAUUCCUGAAAAUGUCCAGGGAGCAGUUUCCAUUGACCCAUGGUUAGAACCAUUUGCUGAUGUUCUUUCUGAGCGAAGGUACCUUGCUGAUAAAUGGCUAUAUGACAUCAAGCACGCCACACCUGAUGGCUCUGAGCAAAGUUUGGUUGAUUUCGCAAGAAACGCAUAUAAGACCUAUGGUCUGCACGCCAACCAGCAAACUAAAGAAAUUGUUUACAGAGAAUGGGCUCCAAAUGCUCAACGUGCUUUCCUAGUCGGUGAGUUCAACAACUGGAACGAAGAGUCUCAUGAAAUGAAGCAUAAGGAUGAAUUUGGUGUAUUUAGCAUCACUCUAGCACCUUUGGAGAACGGCGAUUUUGCCAUCCCUCAUGAUUCCAAGAUCAAAGUUAUGUUUGUCUUGCCAGAUGGCUCAAAAGUUUACAGAAUUCCAGCAUGGAUUACAAGAGCCACUCAACCAAGCAAAGAAACCGCUCAGAAAUACGGUCCAACAUAUGAGGGUAGAUUCUGGAACCCACCUAACUCUUACCAGUUUAAACACCAAAGACCUAAGUUCAAUUUGGCUAACGACUCAAUUAAAAUUUAUGAAGCUCACAUUGGUAUCUCUUCUCCAGAGCCAAAAGUUGCCUCCUACAAAGAAUUCACUCAAAACGUUCUACCUAGAAUUAAGCAUCUAGGUUACGAUGCUAUCCAAUUGAUGGCUAUUAUGGAGCACGCUUACUAUGCUUCGUUUGGUUACCAAGUUACCAACUUCUUUGCUAUCAGUUCUCGUUAUGGUACCCCAGAAGAUUUGAAAGAGUUAAUCGAUACUGCCCAUAGCAUGGGUAUCUUGGUUCUACUAGAUGUCAUUCACAGUCACGCAUCUAAGAAUAGUGAAGAUGGUUUGAACAUGUUCGAUGGUUCUGACCACCAAUACUUCCAUUCCUUGACUUCUGGUAGAGGUGAGCAUCCAUUAUGGGAUUCCCGUUUAUUCAAUUAUGGUAGCUUUGAAGUGCAAAGAUUCUUGCUUGCCAACUUGGCUUACUACAUUGACGUUUACCAAUUCGAUGGUUUCAGAUUUGAUGGUGUCACCUCUAUGCUUUACUUACACCAUGGUGUCGGUGCUGGUGGUGCUUUCAGCGGUGACUACAACGAGUAUUUGUCCCGUGACAGAUCUGGUGUUGACCAUGAAGCCCUGGCUUACUUGAUGUUGGCAAAUGACCUAGUCCAUGACUUGCUACCGGAAUCCGCUGUUACUAUUGCUGAAGAUGUUUCUGGUUAUCCAACUCUGUGUCUACCAAGAACUGCAGGCGGUGGUGGUUUUGACUACAGAUUGGCUAUGGCUCUCCCAGAUAUGUGGAUCAAGCUUCUAAAGACCAAACAAGAUGAUGACUGGGAUAUGGGUCACAUUGUUCACACAUUGACUAACAGACGUCAUGGUGAAAAGGUUGUUGCCUACUGUGAAUCCCACGAUCAAGCUCUAGUCGGUGACAAGACUCUUGCCUUCUGGCUAAUGGAUGCUGCCAUGUACACCGACAUGACCGUUUUGAAGGAGCCAACAUUGGUUAUUGACCGUGGUAUUGCUCUACACAAAAUGAUUAGAUUAAUCACCCACUCUCUAGGUGGUGAGGCUUAUCUAAACUUCGAGGGUAACGAGUUCGGCCAUCCUGAAUGGUUAGACUUCCCAAGAGUUGGUAACAAUGACAGUUACCAUUAUGCAAGAAGACAAUUCAACUUGGUUGAUGAUGAUUUAUUGCGUUACAGGCAUUUGAACGAGUUUGAUGCUGCAAUGCAAAACUGUGAAUCCAAACACCAAUGGUUGAAUACUCCUCAAGCAUAUGUCUCUUUGAAGCACGAGGUUGACAAAGUUAUCGCCUUCGAAAGAAAUGGCCAUUUGUUUGUUUUCAACUUCCAUCCAACUCAAAGUUUCACUGACUACAGAAUUGGUGUCGAUGUUGCUGGUACUUACAAAAUUGUACUAAAUACUGAUAGAGCAGAAUUUGGUGGCCACAAUAGAAUUGAUGAGGCUCAAGAAUUUUUCACCACUGACUUGGAAUGGAACAACAGAAGGAACUUCAUCCAAGUAUACAUUCCAAGCAGGACUGCUAUCGUUUUGACCCGUCAAAUGUAG